UAGAGAGAGAUUCGAACGCUCCCCUCGCGUCCGACGCCAUUUUGAACGCUGUCAGUGAACGGUAUCAAGUCGCAAAGAUGGAUUCUUAGAUUUCUCAAAAUGAUAUUACGAUUCAAGCUAUGCAUUUUUAGUCGCAAUAUAUUGUAAAUUCGUGUUAUAGUUGUGAAGUGACAGCCACCAUGACUGACAUUGCUGUACAGGCCAUGGAGGCCCUACAUAAUUGUCGCUGCUGCCUGCGACGCCCUCCGGACAAGGGUCUCAAGACGAUGUACGAGUCUGUUGGAAAAACUGAAGUCUAUUGGGAAAUGCUCAAACAGUGCUUCGACAUACGUCUAAAUCUCGGCAAUGACGAGUGCGGCAUCUGCGAGGUGUGCGUCAACCGCCUGCGGGACGCCAACGACUUCAAGAAUCAGGUGCAGCAGAGCCAGGUCGACCUGAAGUCGCUGCUGGAGCGAGCGCUGGCUGAAAAAGAUAAAAAGCCAGAUAUUGUUAAGGUGGAGAUUGUUGAGGAAGACCCCAUCAGCGCCGAGCCUUUGAUACGUCAAGACCCGAAAAAGGAAUUCAAAUCGGAGAGUGAUGGCGAUUUAGUGUCAAGGCUUUUAUUCACCGCCCCGACACCCGCCGCGGCGGACCUCGUGUCCGAGUCUGAAGCCGAAGACGAGCCAAACAAGUGUCAAGAAUGUGACAAAACCUUCGACAAUGAAGAGAGUCUCAAGAGACACAAGUUCGCUGUCCAUGCUAAAGACGAAAUUCCAGUUCCUACUGAAAUUAUUCAUACGUGCAAAUUCUGUUGCCAGUGGUUCACGGAAAAAAGUAAGCUACUCAGACACAUGGAGGUUCAUAAAGUGUCACCUAACGAGACUAUUGAUGGUCCUUAUUCUUGCGACAUCUGUGACAAGCAUUUUGCAGAGGAAGCUCACUUGAAGGAGCAUGAGCAAGACCACACAGUCUAUAGAACACACAGACUGCCAUCUACAGAAUCCAACGGAGAUGAUCAUGAUAUUCAUGAUGAUAGCUAUGAUCGCGACAACAGUCCACUAUCGCAUCUGGUCGCAAGGAGAGAGAAAAAGGGAAUAAAGAAAAAGGAUAAAGGAUCUUCUUGCAAAUUGUGCAAGGAACACGAGCCCAAAAAGAGUUACCCGUGUGACUUGUGCGACAAAAGUUUCAGAAGUAGUAACGGUUUAAAAUCGCAUAUGAUGGGUCACACGGGUGAAAGACCUCACGUGUGUCAAGUAUGCCAGAAGGCAUUUAAACAUAAAAGUCACUUAAAGUUUCAUCUUCAAAUUCAUAAUGAGAAUAGGCAAUACCCAUACUCUUGUGAAAUAUGUGGAAAGAGAUUUACAUAUAAAUCUGCGUUAACUGGCCAUUUGCGGUCACACACGGGAGAAAAACCUUAUUCCUGUGAUCUUUGUAAAAAGAAAUUUGCACUUAAGAGCACUUUAAAUGCCCAUUUACGCUACCACAGAGGAGAGAAACCUUUCUCAUGUAAUAUUUGUAAAAAAUCUUUCGCGUUUAGGUACACUUUACAAGCUCAUGAACGUUUUCAUGCGGGAAUAAAAGAACAUCAGUGUCAUAUAUGCCAGAAGCAAUUUACUUUAAAACGAACUCUAGACAAGCAUUUACUCUCUCAUACUGAAAUGGGUAUGCCAGGUCACGGCAGGCCGGAAGAAAGUUUUUGUUGCGAAAUAUGUGGACGACGAUUCCGGCAAAAAAGCUAUUUGGCGCGGCACUUAAAGGGUCACAUGGGAGUGAAACCGCAUGCUUGUGAUGUAUGUAACAAACGAUUCACCGAGAAAAGUAGCUUAAAGGCUCACAAGAAGAUACACACUGGUGAUAAACCUUACUGUUGCGAAAUAUGUCGAAAGCGUUUCGGGCUGAAAGCUACAUUGAAGAACCACAUGGUCGUACACACUGGACAAAAACCACACGCGUGCAGAAUAUGCCAUAAACAGUUUUCCUAUAAAUGUGCUUUGACCGUUCAUUUAAAAUCAGUUCACUUCAGAGAAAGACCUCACACUUGCCACAUUUGCAAGAGAACAUUUGCGUUGAUAUCUACAUUAAAAAUACAUAUAUUGAGUCACACGGGAGUAAAACCUUUCUCGUGUCACAUAUGUGGCAAGUCAUUUGCUGUGAAAUAUGCUUUAAAGAAACAUCUAGCAACGCAUAGUGGAGGAACUAGCUCGAACAACCGCGCGAAUGCUGUAAAUCGCGCGACAUCGCACUAUCGCCCAUUUCUGACACAUCCUAUGAAUUAGGAAUAAACGAACGUAGUAUUUCUUACGCAAUGACAAGUCGCAAGAUGUGUACUAUCCCAUUAGGUAAGUUAGAAAUAGAAAAAUGUCUAGUUGAAGAUACAAAUCAUGGCAAUUGUAUAGUUUUCAAUCUUUAUUCUUCUAAGGCCCAUGGUUCUACCUAUAGGACUGUUUAAGUGCGAUGAAAUUCAAAGUGUUUUCAAUUGGAACGGAUUUACAUUUGUUUUGUUUCGAUUAAUUUUCAAACAAAACAUAAUCAACU